AUGUGUGAAAGAGGCGUCUGGCAGCUGCAGCAGGUUCUCCUGCGCUAUAGCGAGACCGGCUAUAGCAGCAGUGGCGUUCGUUUCUACCUGAAGCACUUGCUACCCAGUUGGGAACAGCGGAACCCUCAGGUGGAGGUGCUUCUGCAGCAAGACAAAUAUGCCCAGCCGCAGGCGACAUUUGUGUUUAGGUCUGGGGCCCGAUCUGAAACCCCUUUAGCGAAUCUGCAGCCACGGCAGCUCGAGGAGCUGCUGCAGCUGCACAGAGACAGCUCUGGGCCGAACCACUUCCUCAAGCAUGGGGGUCCGAAAGUGUGGACUGAAAGGCGCUCUAUACAGGGGUUGUGGCGCCCCUCUUUGCCUUCCCAGUUGUUGGCUCUGCGUUGGUUUAGGCGUACGCGGCCCCCAAUGCGUCUACCCAAGUACUCCGCUGAGAGUCUUCGGCUGUCUAUACAGGCCAUUCGUGGAGAAGGCCGCUGGGGGUCGGAGAGAGAGUUCCCCAAGGGCUGGGAUCAACUCGCACUUAAAUAUGCACACUACCAGCCUCUCAUGAGAGAACCCGUAGUGCCCACAGUGAAGCAACGGCAGCCACAACAGCAGCAGCAGAAGCAGCAGUCGGAGUAG